GGGAUGAUCAACAAAGAUCCGUAUAAUUUAAACUAGUCAUACAAUAAUCCCUAGAUUUAAAAUGAUUUUUAAAUUUCCCUACCAAUUUCUAAUAAUAAUAUUACAAUCAGAUAAAUUCUAAAUCAGCCUAACAACUAGAACUAUGAUUAUUUUGAUCACUCUUAUCAGUAAUAACAAUAAAGCUAACUUCGAUCUUCUUCUAUGAAUCCAAAAUCGAAAAUCAGAAUAAUUUAGUAGCCUAAUAAUAUCCAUAUUUAACAUCAUUAACCACGAUUUGCAAUACAACCUAAAUAAGACUAUUAGACUGAAUAAAUGAAGUAAAAUUAAAAUUUUCUGAAUAAUAAUUCUAUGUACAAUCAUUAACAUAGAAAUAAUAUUUAAUAGAGAAAAAAUGAUGAUUAUUUAAUGAUUUAGAAGAACUAACCAAAAAAGAUUUUAGCAGAUCAAAUAGAUAUCACAUUAUAAAAUUCAAGAAAGUAAUACAAAUCUUUGGAGAGGUAAUAUUAAAUAAAUUAAGAUAUGUUAAAGUAUCAGUAAAUAAAUGUUUAUGAUUUGCCCUAAAAUAAUAAUAAAUCUAAUCAUUAUGAUCUACCCUAGAUUAAUAAUAAAUCUACUCAUUAUGAUUAAGAUAGAUAAAACAAAAGUUAGUAAUCAGAGAAAAACGACUCUUUAAAUUGCACAAAUACAUCAUUUAUGUAAACUAAACGCCCAAUAUGCUAUUAUUGCAAAUCUAUCAUUGAUAAAAAAGGAAUAAAUCUGAUCUGUUGGCAUUAAUAUCAUCCAGAGUGUCUUACUGAGAUAAUAUUGUGUUAAAUUCAAAAAUAAUCUAUUUCGAAAUUGCCUAAAUGUUUAUGUGGAUUGAAAUUAAAAUAAUAAACAAUAAGAAAUAUACAAAAUGGAUAAUAGAUUUUAAAAAUAAUUUUGGAAUAAUAAUUAGGGUAGAUUUAUUAAAAGUAUGAAAAAAAUUUAAAUAAAUGCCCAAAUUGUGAAUUCAGAUUUAUAAAGAAUUAUAGAUUGAAUAAUGAGUGUUGGUGUCCUAAUUGUGAAAAAGCAUUUAAAAUAAAAUGA